AUGACGACAACAGAAGCCAAGGUGCCCCAGGGCCCCAACGACAUCGCUCGCGUCGAGAGUGCGCGCCCGACGUCGCAGGUGGACGGCGACCUCAAGCAGCCCCAAAAUGCCAUCGAGGAGCAGUACGGCUCUACGCACCGCGGUCUGAAGCCUCGACAUGUCCAGCUCAUGGUCAUCGGUGGCUCCAUCGGUGUCGGCCUCUGGGUUGGCGUCGGCACCGUCCUCGCCAAAGUCGGUCCCCUCUCGCUCAUCCUGGGCUACGGCUUCUGGGGCCUCUUCUUCGUCUGGCCUCUGUUCCUCUGCGUCGCUGAAAUGUGUGCCUACCUGCCCAUCCGUGGAUCCAUCUUCGAAAUCGCCUCGCGCGUCUGUGGCCCUGCCAUUGGUCUUGCCAUGGGUUGGACGUACUUCUUCGCCGGGACGAUGCUCAUCUGCGUCGAGUACAGCGCUGUGUCGACCGUCAUGCAAUACUGGGACCAGGACACCAAUCCGGCCGCGUGGAUCGGCAUGGCCAUGGGCGUCUGCAUCUUUCUCAAUGUCGUGGCCGUCAAGUGGUUCGGCGAGGCCGAGUUCGUCAUGGCCUCCACCAAGAUCAUCCUGCUCGUCAUGCUUGUCCUGACCACCAUCAUUACCAUGGCGGGCGGCAACCCCAAGGGCGACGCCUAUGGCUUCCGCAACUGGGACUCUGGUGCCAUGAACUCGUACUACGCCGAGGGGUCGACUGGGCGCUUCCUGGGUUUCUGGUCCGUCGCCAUCUACGCUGCCUUCACCAUUGCCGGACCCGACAUGAUCGCUCUCGCGGCCGGUGAGAUCCAGAACCCUCGUCGCACCAUCCCCCGCGUUGCCAACCUCGUCUUCUGGCGCAUCGUCGGCUUCUAUGUCAUCGGUGUCUUGGCCGUCGGCAUCAUCUGCUCGUCCAAGGAGGAGCGCCUGACUGGCGAGUCCGGCACCGCCGCUUCCCCCUGGGUCAUUGGCAUCGAGAACUUGGGCAUCACCGGCUACUCCCACGUCAUCAACGGCUUCAUCCUGCUGUCUGGCUGGUCGUGCGGUAACGCCUACCUCUACUCCGCCUCGCGUACCCUCUACGGCCUCGCCCGAGAGGGCCAAGCCCCCAAGUUCCUCCUCAAGUGCACAAAGAGCGGUAUCCCCAUCUACUGCGUGGCGGCCGUGUCUCUCAUCACUUGCGUCACCUUCAUGGUCAGCUCCAACUCCUCUGUCGAAGUCUUCUUCUGGUUCGUCGACUUGACCACCACGGCUCUGAUCAUGACUUUCUUCCUCAUGCUCAUCACCUACAUUUGCUGGUUCCGCUCCCGCAAGGCACAGGGCCUCACCAACGACAUGCUGCCCUACAUUGCGCCCUACACCCCCUGGACUGCCUACUGGGCCCUGUUGCUGGUCACCCUCAUGAUCAUCUUUGUUGGCUUUGAUGUGUUUUCGCCCUUCACCGUCCGCGGCUUCAUCACCCGCUACUUUGCGGUCGCCUUCACCGCUCUGGUCACGGCUGUCGGCUGUCUCAAGUACUGGAGGGAGGGCCGCAAGCUGUGGAUCGGUCCCAAGGAGGCUGACCUGUGGAGUGGAAAGGCUGAGGUGGACGCCGAAUGCCGACACUGGGAGGAGGGUGGCAUUGAAGAGAAUGAGAAGGCCAGGCUGGCCGAGCUGCCUCUCAUGAGGCGGACGUGGGAGAAGGUUUGGUCAUAA